AUGAGGAACUGAGGGUGGAGGGAGGAAAUUAGGGUUUCGUAAGGGUGGUUGCCCCUCCCUCUCUCCCAAUGAUUUCCACCAAAUCGGAACAACAGCCCUUCUUCAGAAUCUUAACUGAACUGAAACGAAACAUGGUUUGUUUACUUGUGUUUUUGAUCAGAGGUCGGGGAUGGUAGCCAUGGCGACUGACGUGCUUCUGCUGUUCAUGAAUCCUUGGCUUUGAUCCAGAUCCUAUGUUGCAUUGCAACUACUACUACAACAACAAUAAUAAUAAUAAUAAUAAUCGUGAUCGGAUGGGUGGGCGAAAGAGGAGGCUGUGAUGAUAAAUCGUAUUAGUUUCCUCUGCGGUGGGGUUACGAGAAGCUCCGGCUCGUAUCUUGGCGUGGCGACCCGGUCGGCAUUUGAAAUUUGCAACCGGCGGCGAGUCGCCGUUUGUACGCAGCCAUGGCGAGGUCGGACUCUCUUUUCCCCUUUUUUUCGGAUCUGAGCCUCUGUUUACAUUUUUUUCGAACAUUUUUUCUGGUGUUUAUGGUUAAAGAGAAGUUCGUUUUGGAAAUUAGUGUAAUGCUCUUAUGAGCUGUGGGGUAGAUCUGUGGAUCCAAUGAAUCUUUCUUCAAAUUUCGUUAACUCGUGAUUUCAAAAAUGGAUUUGGUAGUUCGGGAAUUAUGUGGAGAAUCUAGGGCAAAUAUUUGAAGCCAUGCCUAGUGUGUGUAGUUUAAGAGAGGAAGACAUUCUAAGGAGAUGAAAUAAACAGCCAUUGAUAGUUUCUGUUGUUUGAAGAGUUUUGUAUUUUAAAUCUUUUGAAAUGAAAAUAAAGUUCGAAAUUAGUGCGUUGAGUUUCCUUUGUGUUAUUCUUUUUCGAGUUUUGUGUUGAUUUUUAUUUUGAGUGUAUCACAUCCUUACAGCUAUCCAAAUCAAAACACAAAAUCAAAUUUCGAGUAAACAAACGCUAGUUAUUCGGAUGUGAUGUUUCUUUUUUUUUAAAAAAUUUCCUUUGGAUUUGGGUGGAUAUGGCUGUUAAGAGGCCCGCAUCUUGGCAAGGCAACCCGGAUGGCAUCCGGGGAUCAAGUUCCCGGAUGCAACCGGUGAGUUUGCAGCCAUGGCGUGGCUACGAUAUGAUCUUUCAACCUAAAAUUGGUGUUGAUGUGAUGUUUGAGUUGGAAAACACGGUUUCACGCAUACCGAUUUGGAAUUUUAGUCCCUAUCUCCUAAACUUCUAUCGGCGUGGAGCUUAGGUGAUGAAUGUGAAUUCUUGAAUGUAUGUCCUCCUCCGACAUUGGUAUUGAAUGGAGGUUUUGAUGAUGAUGAUGAUGAUGAAUUUGGAGUGCCAUUUGGAUUGGGGUGGAUCAGGCAGUACGUGUCCCAUAUCUUGGCAAGGCAACCUGGAUGGCAUCGGGGGAUCCAAUUUCUCGGAUGCAACCGCAAGUUACACUGAAAUUCCCCUAAGAUUGUUUGGUAAUGAAGAAGCAAGCAGCCGAGAUGCCAAAUUUGUCGCAAAUUCUGGAGACAGUUUUGCAAACCGGCAGACGAAAAGGUCUGGUGGAAUGUUUUAUGGAUAAUUGUUACAUGUUCGUGAUUGUUUCUUGAUUUAUAGCAAGUUUGUUGGCAUGUGGUGAAUUGGAUUCACGCAUCUAUUUGGAUGGAUCGAACCCGAGUUACGGGGAAUGUCUCACCCCAUGUCUACAAGAAUUUGACUAUAUAUGCAUUUUGUUUGUUAAGUGUUAACUAUGUUUUAAGUUUGUAGUUGAUAUUCUUUGUGAAAUGCUUUCAUAGGUAUCAUUGUAUACAUUCAAUUACCAUAUGUCAUAAGAACAAAAUAGUUCCCUUUGAGUUAAUAGGUUCAGAUCCCCGACACCUUA